AUGUCAGAAGCUGAGGCAAGCGGUGGGAUGGCCGGCAACGCUGGACCAGAUGAGAAAACGUUGCAGGUGUUGCGGGACAUGGCCAACCGCCUGCGAAUCCGUUCCAUCAGGGCCACAAGCACCUCAACCACUAGACAUCUCACACCAUGCAGCAGUGCUGCUGAGAUCAUGUCUGUGCUGUUCUUCUACACAAUGAGAUAUAAACAGGCAGACCCAGAAAACCCAGACAACGACAGAUUCAUCCUUUCAAAGGGACUACCAUUUGUUAAUGUGGCAACAGGAUGGCCUGGGCAAGGACUAGGGGCUGCCUGUGGGAUGGCAUAUACUGGCAAGUACUUUGACCAAGCCAGCUAUCGGGUGUUCUGUCUUCUGGGUGAUGGGGAGUCCACAGAAGGCUCUGUCUGGGAGGCAUUAGCCUUUGCAUCCUAUUACAAUCUGGACAAUCUCGUGGCAAUAUUUGAUAUGAACCGCAUUGGACAUCCUUCUUCGUUGUAAUCUAACCUCCUCCAUGACAGGUGGAAUACUUACGUGGUAGAUGGCCAUAAUGUUGAGACCCUAUGCCAUGUGUUCUCACAGGCAGCUCAAGUGAGAGGCAAGCUCACUGCUGUGAUUGCCAAGAUCUUCAGGGCCCGAGGCAUGCCAAAUAUUGAGGAUGCAGAAAGUUGGUAUGGAAGGCCAAUGCCAAAAGAAAGAGCAGAUGCAAUUAUCAAAUUAAUUGAGAGCCAGAUACAGACCAACAGGAUUCUUGUACCACCAGCUCCUAUUGAGGACUUACCUCAAAUCAACAUCAUGGAUAUAAAUAUGACCUCACCCCCUGUUUACAUAGCUGAUGACAUGGUGUCUACUCAAAAAGCAUGUGGUUUGGCUCUGGCUAAAUUGGGCCAUGAAAAUGAAGUUAUUGUGCUGGAUGGUGACACCAAGAACUCCAACUUUUUUGACAUAGUCAAGAAAGAACACCCAGAGAGAUUCAUCCAGUGUUAUAGUGCUGAACAAAACAUGGUGAAUGUGGCUCUGGGCUGUACCACCCGUGACCGGACCAUUGCUUUUGUUUGCACCUUCGCUGCCUUUUUCACCCAAGCAUUUGAUCAGAUACACAUGGGAGCCAUCUCUCAAAAGAACAUCAACCUUAUUGGUUCCCAUUGUGGGGUAUCUAUUGGUGAUGACAAUCCCUAUCACAUGGCCCUGGAAGAUCUGGCCAUGUUCUGAGCAAUUCCCAACUGUACUGUUUUCUAUCCAAGUGAUGCCAUCUCCACAGAGCAUGCUGUUUAUUUGGCAGCCAAUACUAAGGAAAUGUGUUUCAUUCGUACCAGCCAAACAGAAACUGCAGUUAUUUACACCACUCAAGAAACCUUUCAGAUUGGACAGGCCAAGGUUGUCCGACGCAAUGACAAUGACAAGGUCACAGUUAUUGCAGCAGGAGUCACUUUGCAUGAAGCCCUAGUGGCUGCUGAUGAGCUCUCUAAAGAACAUAUCUCUAUCCGUAUCAUUGACUUGUUUACUGUUAAACCUCUGGACAUUGCCACAAUCAUUUCCAAUGUUUCCACAUCUGGCCGAAUUAUCACCGUGGAGGAACAUUACCCAGAAGGUGGCAUUGGGGAAGCUGUCUGUGCAGCAGUCUCCAUGGAGCCUAACUUCAUAGUUCAUCAGCUGGCAGUGACGAGGUUGCCUCAGAAUGGGAAAUCCAGUGAAGCACUAGAUUUUUCUGGAAUCAGUGCCAGACACAUCAAUGUAGCUGUGAAAUGCAUCUUAAUGAAUUAA